AUGAGUUACAAAGGGCUGGCCACGGGUCUGGCCACACCUGUGGCCAGAAAUGCAGUUUACACUGCCCAGUGGCCACAGACUCUUAUCAGUCAUUUCACUAUCUACAUUGCUGAUCAAAAGCGGUUUGUUGUCCCUCUAUCAUAUCUCGAGAAUGAUAUCAUUAGGCAACUCUUAAGUAUGUCUGAAGAAGAAUUUGGACUUCCAAGCAAUGGGCCAAUUACACUACCAUGUGAUGCAGUCUUCAUGGACUACAUCAUUUCACUUCUUAGCCAAGGUUUAUCUAGAGAACUUGAGAAUGCACUGCUCGUUUCAGUUACUUCUCAUCGGUGUUCAUCAGCUCCGUUACUCCGAAAUCAGGAAUUGCUAGUUUGCUCAUAUUAA